CCGGAAGUAAGAAGAGCUGGGUCAGAAGCGGCAAAAGGAGGAGACCUCGUGGAGAAGGCGGCAUGGGACAGUCUGGGCGGUCCCGGCACCAAAAACGCGCGCGCGCCCAGGCGCAGGUCCGCAACCUCGAGGCCUAUGCUGCACAGCCUCACUCGUUCGUGUUCACGCGGGGCUGCACGGGUCACAGCGUCCGGCAGCUUAGUCUGGACUUGCGGCGGGUCAUGGAGCCACUCACCGCCUCCCGCAUUCAGGUUUGUAAGAAGAACUCCAUAAAGGACUGUUUGGCAGUGGCUGGACCCCUCGGGGUCACACACUUUUUGAUCUUGAGCAAAACAAAGACCAACAUCUACUUUAAGCUGCUGCGCCUCCCAGGAGGUCCCACUUUGACCUUUCAGGUUAACAAGUACACAUUGGUGCGUGAUGUGAUUUCCUCGCUGCGCCGCCACCGCAUGCAUGAACAGCAAUUUGUCCACCCACCCCUCCUGGUACUCAACAGCUUUGGCCCCCAGGGCAUGCAUGUGAAACUUAUGGCCACCAUGUUCCAGAACCUGUUCCCCUCUAUCAAUGUGCACAAGGUGAACCUGAACACUGUCAAACGCUGCCUUCUCCUCAGCUACAGGCCAGAGUCACAGGAGCUGGAUUUCCGGCAUUAUAGUAUCAAAGUUGUUCCUGUGGGUGCAAGCCGUGGGAUGAAGAAACUUCUCCAGGAGAAAUUCCCCAACAUGAGCCGCCUACAGGACAUUAGUGAGCUGCUGGCCACGGGUGUGGGGCUAUCAGACAGCGAGGCAGAGCCUGAUGGCGAGCACAACAUCACUGAGCUGCCCCAAGUGGUCUCAGGGCGCGGCAACAUGCGGGCCCAGCAGAGUGCUGUGCGGCUCACUGAGAUUGGUCCUCGGAUGACCCUGCAGCUCAUCAAGAUCCAGGAUGGUGUCGGGGAGGGCAAAGUGAUGUUCCACCACUUUGUGCACAAGACAGAGGAGGAGCUGCAGGCCAUCUUGGCUGCCAAGGAGAAGAAACUGCAGCUCAAGGCCCAGCGGCAGGCCCUGCAGGCCCAAAACAUCCAGCGAAAGAGGGAACAGCGUGAGGCCCACAGGAAGAAGAGUCUGGAGGGCAUGAAGAAGGCCCAAGCAAAGGCCAGCAAAGACAGUGAUGCUGAGGAUCCUGGGCCAACUCUCGAGGCAGUGGGGGACUGCCAGAGGGAGGAAGAAGAAGAGGAUGAAGCUGAGUAUUUUCGCCAGUCUGUGGGCGAGGAACCUGAUGAGGACAUGUUCCCCAUAGCCACCAAGCGGAGACAGUUUUGGAUACAGUCCUAUAGGCCUUCAGGCAGGCAGCCUCAGGGAAAGGACCAAAACAGAGGUUGCCACAGUAACCGGAGACUUCCAAAUCCUAAGAAGAGGCUCUAGAGAGCCUACAUCAAGCUGGGGUCCAGAGGGGAUGCCCAGGGUCGUGGUCAAGACCAGUCAUGGCCACCCAAAAGAGUGGCUUAAGGCUGAGUAGCAGAUGGAAUGCCCCAGACUGGGGUCCGAGAGACUGAGCCUGGGGCUUCAGGUGCGGUCCUUGGAUUCCUUCUGCAUACACCCAUUCCUUUCAUAAAGGAGCUGUUCCCCCCCUCCUGCCACAAUAAAUGCCUGAACUGCC